AUGAAUAUGUAUUCCAUUCUCGUGUUAAUUUGUCUCUUCCUAACACCCAGUACAGGCUUGAAAAUGACAAUAGGAAAUUGUGUUAUCACGAAUGUUAGGCAAGACCGUCCGAGUGUCGGCCGGGACCAUUACUGUAUGCAGGUUGGACGAUUCCACGUCUGUAAGAAAUGGCAGUGUCCACCAGUAGCCUGUCGUGAUGAUAGAGGUGGAAAAGGAAACUGUAGGGUGUGUCCAGGCACAUGUAUUGAUGGAGGGAAAGUUUACCGACAGGGUCAACUGUUCCUUAGUGUGGAUGGAGUUAACAUGUGUUCAUGUGGCAAUAAGAGCAUACCAAGUUGUUCCCGUCAACGCCGUGUCACGUUCCUAUCUCUCUGUCUCAUGUGA